AUAUAAAUAAUAUUAAAAUGUACAUUUCAAAAGUAAAUAGUAACAAAUGUGAUAUUUAUUAAAAAAAAAAUAAAAAAACAUAUAAUUCAAAAUAAACCAAAAUAUUUUUAUCCCAAAAAAAAUCUUUAUUAUUAUUUACAAGAAUUAUUUAAUUUAGUAAAUGAUUUAUUUAUUAUAUCAAUAAGAAUUGAUUUGUGUGUGUGUGAAUGAUGGCUAAUCGAAAACCAAACAGUGCAACGUCACGACUCAAACAAGAUUAUUUAAGACUUAAAAAAGAUCCAAUUCCAUAUAUAACUGCAGAACCUGUACCUUCGAAUAUACUAGAAUGGCAUUAUGUAGUACACGGUCCAGAGAAUACACCAUAUGAAGGUGGUCUCUAUCAUGGUAAAUUAGUAUUUCCUAGAGAAUUUCCAUUUAAACCACCAUCAAUAUAUAUGAUAACACCAAGUGGACGAUUUAAAACGAAUACACGAUUAUGUUUAAGUAUAUCAGAUUUUCAUCCAGAUACAUGGAAUCCAGCUUGGAGUGUUUCUACUAUUUUAACUGGAUUACUUAGUUUUAUGACGGAGAAGAGUCCAACGUUAGGUAGCAUUGAAACAUCGGAUUUUGAAAAACGACAAUUUGCCAUUCAGUCAUUAGAUUUUAAUUUAAAUGAUAAAGUGUUUUGUGAAUUAUUUCCAGAAUCAGUUACCCAAAUACAGAAUGAAAUAUUAAAAAGAAAUGCUAUGGAAGCAGCUGAACGAAAUAAUUGUCAAGAGCAAAUAACACAAGGCAAUACAGAGCAAAGUUCAUUUCAGGCAGCAAUCACAAAUCUAUGUGUGAUCAUAGGUUUUGCUGCAUUUGCUUACACGGUUAAAUAUGUGAUUAGAAGUUUGGGAACAGAUUAACAUAACAAAUGUAAUUAAAAAGAAAA